UGACGUGCGACAACGUGACCGUCAAUCUUACGGCCUGUCCGACAUUAUUCUGCACUUCGGGCUGAGGGUCUUCUCAUGUUAAUCCACCCACACUUAUUUCCCGACAAGACAAGAGGUGAAAGCAUUCGUAUACUACGUAAUAAGCGCAUAUAUAACUAUCGGCCUGAAAAAGAUUCCCUUGCCGCUUCUGAUCCCAUGUGCAGACUCUUCGAGUCGACUCUCGUUCCCUCUCGUUGAGUCAACAUGUCCUCGCCUCCUCCGUCCACGAUGUUAGCUGUUGUCUUUGAUAGUCCGGGAAAGGUUUCUUUACAAAGAAGGCCGAUCCCUACCAUUCAAGAUAAGCGGGAUGUUAUCGUCAAAGUAGAUGCCGCUGGUCUCUGUGGCUCCGAGUUGCACUUAUUCCGGGGACACGAGGCUGGAGGAUCUGACUUCAUCAUGGGGCACGAGUUCACAGGCACGGUGGUGGAAAAGGGACGGAGCGUCCAAUCGGUCCAAAUUGGCGACAAGAUCAUUGCCCCAUUCACGGUUUCCUGUUCCGAGUGCUUCUUUUGCCGGAAUGGUCAGUCGUCUCGGUGUGUGCACAGCGUUCUUUUCGGGUCGUCGACGUUGGAUGGAGCGCAAGCAGAGUAUGUGCGAGUUCCUUGGACCGAUGGGACUGUCGUCAAGGCUCUCCUUUCUCUCUCGGAUGCCGCCCUUAUCUUGAUGGCCGAUAUCUGGCCAACUGGGUAUUUCGGGGCAGCCACAGCGUUUCGCAUGCUCGAAGAAACCGAGAAGUCGCACCCACCCACAGUGGCUGUCAUCGGAUGCGGGCCAGUUGGAUUGUGCGCCAUUAUAUCAGCUCUUGAGUUUGGCCCUCGACAACUCUUCGCAAUUGACAGUGUACAAAGUCGCCUCGACCUAGCCGAGACACUUGGCGCCAGAGGACUCAAUUUCCAGGUUGAGGGGUCACGUCUAGAGUCACACAUCAAAGACGUGACCGAUGGUCGCGGUGCAGAUAUAGUUAUUGAAGUGGUCGGCUCCAGCCAGGCCUUGCGUACUGCUUUCGAACUCGUGAGACCAUUCGGCGUGCUGUAUAGCAUCGGGGUCCAUAAUGGAGAGAUACCAUUCACUGCUGCAGAGGCAUAUGGAAAAAACCUUCGUCUGCAGAUGGGUCGUUGCCCUGUACGGUCUAUAUUCUCCGCGUCACUUGCCCUGCUGGAAACCAAGCAAGAUGCCCUGAGCUUCAUGUUCGAUAGGAUCAUGCCGCUUUCCAGUGCUGUCGAGGGAUACCAGAUGUUCAACGAGAUGAAGGCCCAGAAGGUGAUUUUCACCCCCUAGGUUCACUGGGUCACUCGAUAUGGCAUAUGUCCAUGAUGAAAGCCGCUCCGAGUAGCUUUCGCUCUGGGGCAGGUAUUCUGGGAUACAGGUAGUACGACACGGUGGAGUCAUCGUGCAGUAGAGCAAUCAGGCAUCUUUUGUGACGUGCUGAGCAUCUCCAGUCACGCGUAUCGCCAUGGCUU